AUGCUCCCCUCCACAAUUGGGGGAUCAGAGUACCAGGGCUUCCUCCCCAAAAACCCAACGCAAGCCAAACUUGUGACGGGUGGUAAUGAAUUUACUUCUCACCCAAAGGAACUUCUAUACCAAAAACAUUUGACCUAUUGCUACACUAAUGCCCAAGGUUUCCCCAGUAUGUCCUCCGAACUGGUGUUGGUGUUGCGCUCCCAGUCCAGUCAGUGGGAUAUCAUUGCUGUCGCAGAAACUUGGUUGAAGGAUGACAUUCUCGACUCUGAGUUGUGCCUACCGGUCAUGUAUCUUCUCAGACGCCAUCGUCCAACACUCGGGGGUGGUGUUCCACUUUACCAUUGCGAUGAAGUUGAUUCUCCUGUUUCAGCCCCUGACACAAUUUAG